GAUUAGUUUAUCGGUUUAUUUAAUCUAUAUUCGUCGUCAUCACUUUGUAAAUAGGAAUAAAUAUCGACAUAUGUACGUGUCAGACCUCAGCUGCACAUUGUCAUAUCCAGUCGUGCCCGUACAUACACGCCAGAAGGAAAUAUUUGAAAAAUAAUUGAGUCAUGUCGCACAGAGGAAUUCUUACCAGUGCAGUAAUGGCAUCACAUUCGGAGAGAAAACGUGCGGGAUACGCCGCGUGUCAGGUGGAACUCAUUUUACACGACGUGAUCUCCAUGUCUGGUGGAGAUGACGCCGCCGAAAAGCCAGAGCUCGCCAUGAUCCGCCAAUGCCACCAAGUGACGUCUUCACUCGUCAACUUUCUUGAGGACGUCAUCCCCCCCGAGACCCCCACGCAGACGGAAAUUGUCCAGGAAACUUUGAAAGAUCCCACCUUUUCGAGAAGUGCAGGAAUGCUGAGUGGUCAUCUUGUCGGCCAAUUGCUUAAAAUGGUGGCGGAGAUGACGCAGGCGAAAUCAAUUUUGGAAAUUGGCACGUAUACGGGAUACGGCGCCGUAACUUUGGCGGAGACCUCGCUUUGCAAAGAGGUAAUCACCCUUGAUAACGAACCGUAUUGUAAAGAAUUUUUGGCAAAACAUUUGGAGGGCAAGGGUCACCUCAAGGACAAAAUUCGUUCUGUCAUUGGCCCAGCGAUUGAAUCCUUACAGCUCUUGAAGGAGGAGGGAAAACGUUUCGAUCUGGUUUUCAUCGAUGCGGACAAAUCAUCCUACAUCAACUACUACAAGUUCAUCCUGGCCAACAACUUGCUUGAGAAGGGUGGCGUCAUCCUGUGCGACAACAUCCUCUGGGGGAACGAUACUUUUCUGGAGAAAGCGUCCCCUCAGGGACAAGCUCUCUUCGAUUUCGUCCAGUUCGUCAAGCAGGACGACCGAGUUGAGCAAAUGAUUUUUCCCUUUCGCGACGGCGUCUUCCUCAUCCGUUUAAAGAAUUAGGGAUACUAAUUUGAAAUCAUGCCUGGAUCGGAGAAUUUCUAAAUUGGGAAAUUUAUUCCAAAUUACAAAUAUUGGAUUUUAUUUCUGAAUAAAUAAAUAAUCGAGUUCUGAUUAGUAUGAUGUCGUAAAGUGCAAAA